AUGGCGGGGAGGUUAAAUUCAUUUCUAUCUAAUGCCAUUCGCUUCUGUAUUUCUGUUUUGUUCGUUCGUUCCUUCUUUAGCAACAACGAUUCAAGGUUUCUUUUUUUUUUUUUUCACGUCUGUCACUUCUAUUAUUCAGGUUCAUCUUACUUUGCUACUUUCUUUCUUUCUUUUUCUUUCUUUCUUUUUCUUUCUUUCUUUUUCUUUCUUUCUUUUUUCAACAGGAAAGAAACAUUUCUUCAUAUUCAUUCUUUCUUUGUUUUUAUUUUUUCUUUAUAUUCAUCCUUUCUUUAUAAUCAUUCUUUCUUUAUAUUCAUCGUUUUUUUACAAUCAUUCUUUCUUUAUAUUUAUCCUUUGUUUAUAAUUGUCAUUGCUUUAUAUUCAUCCUUUCCUUAUAUUCAUUCUUUCCUUUCAUUCUUUCUUAAUAUUCAUCCUUUCUUUACAUUAAUUCUUUCUUUAUAUUCAUUCUUAUAUUCAUCCUUUCUUUAUAUUCAUCCUUUCUUUAUAUUCAUCCCUUUUUAUAUUAAUUCUUUCAUUAUAUUCAUUCUUUCUUUAUAUCAAUCCUUUUUAAUAUUAUUUUUUCUUUAUAUUCAUUAA